AUGUUGUAAAGUGAAUGGGAGCUAAGCAUAGCUAUCAUAGGAGAUUCGGGAGUGGGGAAGUCAACGUUUCUAUCAAUGUUCAUGACUAAUCAAUUUGUGCUAAGACAUAAUGACAAGAUCACAAUUGGUCAAAAGGAGAUACUGAUAGGUCAGAAGCCGGUUCAGAUAAAACUGAUUGACAUUUCUGGGAAAGAGCCAUUCCGUUCGAUGGCAUGGGUUCAUUAUAGAACUUGCAUUGGAAUUAUUCUGAUUUUUGAUCUUUCUAGCAGGGAUAGUUAUGAGAAUCUGAAGAAAUGGUAUGAGGAAAUCCAAUAGUAUGUGGAUUAAGAGAAACUAGUAAUUAGAUUGGUUGGUAAUAAAUGCGAUAAAUUGUUUUAUGAUGACAUGGAUUAAGAUAAGGAGGGUGGGAAUGAUAGGCAUUACAUAUAAUUUGAAGAAGGUGAGUAAUUUGCUGCUACCCAUUAAAUGUAAUAUUCUCAAACUUCAAGCAGCGUAUUUUCUUUGGCUUAGGAUGAGAACUACAUGAGCAUUCCUUCUAUAAUAUCUAAAUUUACAUAAGAAAUUCUUGAAUUCAUAAAAAAGCAUGAAGAUGGUGGAAAAAUUGAAGAAUUAAUGGGAAUAAGAAGUUUAAAAAAAUAGGCUAUUGUACAAGAAGUAAAGAAGAAAAUCAAUCGUAGUUCUUGUUGUUGA